AUGGGGAAGAAGGGAGGGCUUUUCAAGUAUGCAGAUGGUGUGGACAAGUUGCUGAUGGUGUUUGGGACUUUGGGCAGCAUUGGAGAUGGGUUGAUGACACCUCUUACAAUGCUUGUUCUCAGCCGUGUGAUCAAUGAAUAUGGAGGUGGAGAAGGCACUCUUACUUUCUCCAAUGCCAUUGUGGACAAGUACUCACUCAGGCUGCUCAUUGUUGCAAUUGGAGUUGGAGUAUCUGCUUUCAUUGGGGUUGUUUGGUGCUUCGGUUUCUUUAGUCUCUACAAACAUGAUAGGCUUCUAGAGCUCUGA